CACGAAGGGUCCAGAUCAAAUCCGCCAUUGAUCAAUUUCACCUCAACUAUUAGCUUGCUCAUGAUAUAAAAUACAGCACCCCGUCGUCGUCCUUCCCACAGAUCUCCAAUCAAAACCAUGACCAAAUCCACUGAAAUUAUCGCCGCCGCCGCCAUCAUCGCCGCCAUUUUCUCCGGCGUCGUCUCCACCACCAACGACGGCGUUCAGAGCCCCGAAGAAGUCGAAGCCUGGUUCGAAAAAUUCACCCGCUCCAACCCGCCGGAGAAAAUGACGAAAUUGCACUUUUACGCCAGGGACAUGAUCAAGGGCACAAACGUAACUUCGGCGAUGGUAGCUCAGGCGAACAUGACGGCAAGGUCGCCGACGUUCUUCGGCAACUUCAUUAUCGCCGAUGACCCGCUGACCAUCGCGCCGGCGCUCUCGUCGAAGCACAUCGGGUACAUCCGAGGGUUCUACGGCGGCGCCGGGAUGGAGGAGGUGGCGCUGGCCGUCGCGAUGACGUUUGUGUUCACCGACGGCGAGUUGAACGGCAGCACGCUGGCGGUUCUCGGCCACAAUCCCGACCGCCGGAAGUAUCGGGAGCUACCGAUUGUGGGCGGCACGGGCGUGUUCCGCCUGGCCAGAGGGAUCUCGACAUGGCAGACGUAUUAUUACGACGUGGCGGCGGGGAAUGCGACGCUGGAGAUCAGUGUUACGGUUCUCCAUUAUUGAUUGGGUUUUGAUUUUUAGGUGCCAACACGGGCGUGUCGUCGAUUUGAAUCUUGAUGACUUCGAUUGUUGUUAUUUAGGUGUGUGUUGCAUCGCAUGCAUGGAUUUAUGUAAUUUGUGGUGGUUGUAACGGUUGUGUUUGUUUGUGUUAAUUACCACAAAAAAAUUAAUUGUUCGGGUG